CCAAUCAGCAACCAGCCCCAGCCCGGUUCGUUGCCACGGAAACAGUACACAGACGCUAGAGACGCUAGCCUGUUAGCAUUCUUGUUGGCGCUAGCUAACUAUCAUCACAAAAUAACCAUACUAGCUAACGCUAAUAACUAAGGUUACUAAUUUAGCUAUAUUUACACCUUCAAAAUAUUUAUCUCACGCGUAUCGAUUAGAACGGGCUGGUCAGAAUAGCAUCGAUCAGAGGGACAUUCUGAUUCCUCCAGCUAGCGGCAACGGAUCAGGUUAUUCUGAGUUUAUCUAUUAUUAUUACGGUGACGUUGCGAUCAUGACGGCGGCGAGGAUACAGCUUCGCUAUUUAUGGAUCUAAAGAUAUAUCCCUAUAUAUAUUGAUAUUGAUAUAGAAAUCGAUGUAUAUAGAACCAUAGAGAUAUAUCUACCAAUAUAUGCAUACAUAUAUAUAGGCUGAUGGAUAGGGGCAUAUAUCGUAUAGGCAUGAUACAAUAGGGUGGUGACGAAGGGCCAUGCGGUGGUGGGUGGAAGAGGUCUUGGUUUGGCUAAAGGGAAGGAGAUGGAUGUGUGCAGUAGGAACCCCAACCGAACCUCCCCAGUAAGCGAAGCAGGUGGAGGUGACCAAGUGCCUCUGUGUUCCCGGACCAAUGGGUGGAGCUGGCCACCCCACCCUCUCCAGCUGCUGGCCUGGCUGCUCUACCUCUUUUUUGCCAUCACCAGCCUGGGAAUUUUCAUCCCUCUGCUACCUCCACACUGGCUGCCGGCUGGCUACAUCUGUACAGGCAUCAUGUUGGUCGGCCACCUGUGUGUUCACGUGAUGGCGGUCUCGCUGGAUCCAGCGGAUCAGAACGUGAGGAGGAAGACCACCAGCGGUCCUGUGCCUGUCUUUGACCGGUCCAGACACGCCCACGUGAUCGAGAACUGCCACUGCUACCUCUGUCAGGUGGACGUCGGCCCCAAGUCGAAGCACUGCAGCUCGUGUAACAAAUGUGUUGCGAGCUUCGACCAUCACUGCAGGUGGCUCAACAACUGUGUGGGGAGAAGGAAUUACAAGCUCUUCCUCAACAGUGUCAUCUCAGCCCUGCUCGGGAUCUGUCUGGUCCUGGUGAGCGCCACCUAUGUCUUCAUUCAGUUUUUACUGGAUCCAUCCCAGCUGCGAACAGACACACACUUCCAAGUGACCAACGACACGGGGCUGUGGUUCGUCUUCCUGCCCCUGGCUCCCGUUGACUCGGCCGGGGCGGUGAUCCCCGUCCUGGCGGCCGUCACCAUCGGCCUGGGCCUGCUGUCCUGCACCCUCCUCAGCCACCUGCUGGGCUUCCACAUGUACCUCAUGUGGAACAGGUUAAGUACUUAUGAGUACAUAGUGAAACAGCGCCACCGACAGGGAACAAGAGGAGCCAGCGCUAAAACUCCAACGAGGAAGGCUUCAGCCAACAUCAUACAGGAACUGAGCUACUCUGGGACCCUGGGAUACACCAACCCUGAGGUGGACCACCCCAGAACCCUGGCUCCUCCCGAUAGUUUACAGUUCCAUAUGAAUGGUGAGAUGAAAAGGAUUUCCAGUGGAGGUGAAGAAGACAAAACCACUUCACACACACAGAGAAAGAAGAAAAAGAAGAGGAAGGUUCACCGAGUGCCUUCAGAAACACACACACCACCUGCGGAGCUCUGCGGGGGGCCGGAGCUACCCCACGCAGCCUUCCCUCUGAGGCCCGCUCCGGCCUCGCGGGCCCCCAGCCUGGGGCCCGGGCCGGGCCCUCGGGCCCCGCUGCAGGCCGCGGGGCCGCCCGCAGAGUACCACUCUGACUCGGCCGAGUCUCUGGAGGAGAUCCCGGUGCCGCUGGCGCGCCUGGGCUCCUGCUCUUCCUCCGGGACCCGGGCCCUCCCAGCAUGCACCUCUUACGGCCCCCCCUUGCCCCGCUUCACCAAGAGGAAGAGGAGGAGCCGGGACCCCCGGCGGGAGACGUUCCCCUCUGAGCCCCCCACUGUGUUUGUGAGCCAGGCCAGCGGGGAGCUGGGAGAACCCAAAGGGUGGCUGAUCCAGAACUCUGGACGGAGCUCUCUGGCGUGA